AUGGCGCCAAAAACACGAUCUGGAGGACAGCCCGACAGCGAACGCGUCUACCACUCGAGUCCCGCGUUGAAGCAGACCAAGUUCCCCCACAAACGCACCACAAUCCGAGGCUACGGCCAAAGACCCAAGAACCUACGACGAAAGAUCGCGGCCCGCGACUCCUCCCCAGCCGACAUAGAAGAAGAGAUUGAGACGAACGCCAAGUCGCCGAAGCAGAGCACUCUCACGCAGUUCAACUGGGUUGACCGCGGCCCAAUCGAAGAUGACGACGAGCCAGAACGCCCCAGAGGCAAGAAGAGACGCAAGACGGAAGGCGAUGCGCCCAACUCUUCACCGCCACGUUCUACUUUCCACACACAAACCCUGACCCAAGCAUACCCGGGACUAUCAUUCUCUAGCAAGGACGAGGACCCAAGCGAAUUGCAGAUCGACGACUCCGAGGAUGAGAACCUCAGCUUCGUCUUUGAAGAUGCAAGCGAGAGCGCAGGCAAGCCCGGCGUGGACCAGCCCGUUGCCAGCCGGACGCCCUCUGUAGUACCGCAGACCCCCCAAAACAAGCGUAUUCACAGGGAAGUGAUCCCGUCGUCACAGGAUUCCCCCCUCACGCCCAUGUUGGCUAGAUAUAGCCCUGCAAAUAAGCGAUCACCGCUUAAACAUAAGUCUACCAACGUCAUGGCGCCUCUCCCCGAAGUUUCCGAGCCGCCAAAGCUCCCUCGUCCUCGAAACAUGGUCGUAGAAGACUCGACGGUCACCAAAAGUCCAACAUCUUCAAGUAUCGACCCAUCUCCGGGAAAGGAGAACCGAGAUCCCCUCACAGUUCACGCCGCGACUGCAAAGGCUGUCCGAUUUGUCACGCCCCGACCAUCGCAGCUUAUGCGUCCACCGCAAAGCCGAGUACUGGGAGAGAUCAGCAUCCCGGAGGACGAAGCGUCCGAAGAAAAUGUUGAGCGGGACGUCAGCCCAUCCCCUCUGCGACGCAAAUCAACACCAAAGUCAUGGGAGCGUGAGAUUGCAGAUUCUGAAGACGAGUUCGACGAGCUGGGGGAGACUGAUCUGAUGGAGGACGAAGACGAAUAUGGCGCAGUAGGGCACGAAACGCAGAUGCUUGUCGAGGAUUUAGUGAACUCAUCUGAGAAGUCGUCCUCCGCCGAGGGCUCUGCAGUGGACUUACCACCCGUGCAACAACAGGUCACGCACGACAAGUCUCAUGUUGUCGAUGCUGCGCAGGCAACAACUGCAGGACGUGUCAGCGAACCUUUCACGUCAUCACCUCAACUUCCCACGCCAAGGCCGAUAUCUCAAGCCACCACACAAUCACAAACCCAGACACAGUCGCUAGACGAUUUCUCCCAGAUCACCCCAACACAAUGUCGAAGUCAGCCAACCCAAGCUAUGGAAAGUCAGCGAAUUUCCUUGGAGCAAAUUCACGCUAUGGGACCUCAGACGGACAGAUCCGAUAUUUUCAUCUCCAUCCACCCAGAGCACGUCGACGAGAUUAUCAAGGGCGCCAAGAACCAUGAAUUCCGCGGCUACCGAAUUCCCAACGUUGUCACCCGCAUGUGGAUUUACGUCACGGCGCCGAUUUCCAUGUUGAGGUACAUGGCCGUGAUUUCCAAUUUCAAGCAGCCCGGCGAGAUUGAGGAGAAUGGCCUGGGUAACGCCGAAUUCAACACUGGCAAGAAGCAAAAUAGCUUUGCCUACGAGCUGCGAGAGGUCUACGAGCUGAAUAAUCCUGUAUCUUUAGCGGAGAUGAAAGAGCAUGGGUGGGUUGCUGGGCCUCCGCAGAAGUACAAUUACGUACCUCCCACGGUGGUAGGGCACCUGAUGGCAAAUCUGCGUUGCUCUUUAUUCGGAGAAGACGAAGAUCAAGCUGCCGACUUACCCUUACUCGACGACCUCCCGUCCGAGUUGAGCCCGGUGAAACAGCACCACAAACCGUCGAGUCCCUCCAAAUUCACCAUCUCCCAGGAGGUCGAGAAGCAGAUUCUCAGUGAAGCAACAUUGCAAAAUACAUCAGACCCUGACCUGCUCGUUCCAUCGAGCUCAAGCCAGGAACGCCGCCGCGUCUACAAUGCAACACCAGCUGCUCCUUCCCUGAAGCUCCCAUCCAAACUCCCGCCCACACCCUUCAACCGCCUGCCGAACCCAAAACCGUCGUCUGCAGCGCGGCGCUCCGUCAGGCUCUCGCAGGCCACGACAGCGAGCCAAGCCUCAAGUCCGCCGGCGUCGCCUGCGAAGACUACACGGCAGCGGAGCUCGCGAGCUCCGCUGCCCUCGUCGAGCCUGUCGCUUCUUCCUCUUGAUGACAUGGACAGUCCCAUCCAGCUACCAGCCGGGGAGUUCUCGCUGGAAACGUCGCAACUAUUGACGAAAAGCCAGAUGUUGCCGGACAGUGUGCUGCGGGAUGAAGAUCCUAUUGAGGAUGACGAGGAUGUUAUAUACGAGACGGACUAG